GAAAUGUCGAGCAAACUCAUUUUGUUGAGUGUUGUAGCUCUAACUUUUAGCUACCUUGCGUUAGCCUAUGAGCCUAGCUCCCUCCAAGAUUUUUGUGUAGCCGAUCCCAAUUCGUCAGUGAAAGUAAAUGGUUUGACAUGUAAGAACCCGAUGCAAGUUCAAGCAGAUGAUUUCUUCUUCAGUGGGCUACACCUCAGGGGUAACACAUCGAACCAAUUGGGAUCAAAGGUGACCCCGGUGUUUGCUACUCAGUUACCAGGACUAAACACUUUGGGAAUCUCAAUGGUUCGGAUUGACUACGCACCAUGGGGACUUAAUGCUCCUCACACUCACCCAAGAGCCACCGAGAUUCUUACUGUUCUUGAAGGGACACUACAAGUUGGAUUUGUAACUUCUAAUCCCGAUAACAGAUUUAUCACAAAGGUGCUUCAAAAGGGUGAUGUUUUCGUGUUCCCAGUGGGUCUUGUUCAUUUCCAACGCAAUGUGGGUAAUGGAUAUGCUGUGGUUAUUGCUGCAUUAAGCAGUCAAAACCCAGGUGCCAUAACAAUUGGGAAUGCUGUUUUCGGUGCAAAUCCUGCAAUUCCAGCGGAUAUUCUUGCCAAGGCGUUUCAAGUGGAUAAGAGUGUGGUGGAUCAGCUACAAGCCAAGUUCUAGAGUUUCAAAGAUUCUAAUGACAGAAGGAUAUGAUUAGAGCUGUUGUU